AUGGAGGUGAAUCCAACUCAAGAGUCGACGCAGCCGUACUCCGACCCUCGUCGUAUGGGCUCACAUAACUCUGGCCUACACGACCAAGAUGUAUCAGAUAUUAUUUGCAUCUUGCACCCGGGCUCUCAUCCAGCUCACGAGGCUGUUGAUGCAACCUCACGCCAGCCAAAGGGUUAUCAGCACGUCCUCCAACGCGAUGAGUUCCAGUUCGACUCAAUCGAUUCAUCAUCUCGCGAUAUUGCCAUUCGGAUGUCGUCCUCGGUCCAUGACUUGUCCCUGGGUUUUGUCUUUGGACGAAAUCCAUCAAAAUGUGACGUGCUUCUGAGUCCCGAAGUCGCAUCAAAACAUAUUUCUAAUAUCCAUUUUCGCAUAUUUGUGAACGAUGAUGGGAUUCUGAUGCUACAAGACUUGUCAACAAAUGGUACGGUAGUAGAUGAUACUCGGCUGUGGAAACGUAACGCCCAAACCACCCGUAUGCUCGUCAACGGCUCAGUUAUUAUCGUGGCAUCAGACAACAAACAUAACAAGGAAGUACGGUUUGUCGUACGCAUUCCCUCUCGAGACGGGUUCCAAGUACAAUACACUCAGAACCUGGUGGCGUAUUUAGAUCGAGUUGCACGACAUAACGCAAAGGUCCAAAAUUUGCAAGCUCGUGCUCCUCCGCCACAGACAGCUUUUCAGUGGACGUUGGGAAAUCCUUACGGGAUGCAUUGGACCGGCGGCUCGAUCUACAACGUCACGGGGCAAAUUGGUAAGGGUGCUUUUGCUACUGUCUACAAAUUAGCAACAAAGCAAGAUGGUAUUGUGUAUGCGGCCAAGGAGCUUGACAAACGCCGCUUCAUGAAGAAUGGGAUCCUUGAUCAGAAAGUUGACAAUGAAAUGAAAAUUAUGAAAGAUCUUCGCCACCCCAACAUUGUCCAAUAUGUUGAUCAUCAUGAACAUGAUCGCUGGAUUUACAUUAUCAUGGAGUAUAUUGCAGGAGGCGAAUUGUCAGCGUAUCUGGCAAGCAAUGGAAAGAUCGCCGAAGACAUGGUUAAAAGCAUCGCUCGGCAGCUUUUACACGCUUUACAGUAUUUGCACAAGCGCAAAAUCACACAUCGAGACAUCAAACCGGAUAAUAUUCUUAUAUCGUCUGUUGACCCUCUCAGAGUGAAAUUGUCUGACUUCGGUCUAUCCAAAGUUGUGCAAGAGGAGACCUUCAUGAAAACCUUCUGUGGCACUCUGCUUUAUUGUGCGCCAGAAGUGUACCCCGAAUAUGACAACUAUAGACAGGGCGUAGCUAGAAAGCGCCGUCGACUUGGCGAUCCACCGCCACGAACUUCUCCAUAUGAUCAAUCUGUUGAUAUGUGGUCACUAGGAGCGGUACUCUUCCAUCUUCUCUGCGGCUCACCACCAUAUACCGGUCGUGGGGAUGACAGGGGAGCCCAAAUGCUUCGAACAAUUAUGACAACAGACGUAGACUACGAUCUUCUCCGUGAGGAAGGAGUGUCAGAAGAAGCCAUAGACUUCGUGUCCAGGCUCUUACGUACAGACCCGCAGGAGCGUUCCACCGAAAGGGAGUUGUUUAAACAUGCCUGGAUUGCAAAUGUUCCGGACAUUGACGACUACCCUGACUCCGAAGAGUUCCCAUUGGAGGAUGACCAGCUCGCCAUGAUUGCGGAAGCCUUGGAAGAUGAAUUAGAUGCGUCUCAGUUGUCAAUCAAUGACCAUGGCGAUUACAAUGAAAUUGUGAUAGGUGGAGAAUCACAAGAAACACUAUUGAAACGCCCGCGCCUUGAUGCGGAAACUUCCAUCCACUAUCCUUCGCUACCACCCAUAAACAGCUUCUCAGUUCUUGAAGUGCCGUCAAAUCUACAAGCUACAACGGCAAAUCGACUUUUUGGCGAAGUCACGUCAUCUGCUUUGCGUAGCUCCGGCAUCUUUGGCAAUCUAAGUCCUCGUGCCUUCGAUGUGAAGAGCGAUCAAUCUUCUGGUGAGUCGAUGGAGGUGGAUGCGGAUGAUCUGUCUGCUGGAGUCUACUCAUUUCCCCAACCCGAUUUCGCUGGCUCCGCACCCAGUCUCCUAGGGGCUGAUAGCCUAGUGGGACAGCUCAACAUGUCACCCCACGAUACCUCUUCCAAAGACCCUGCAGCUGCAGAUGUCAAGCCGGGCACACCCCAAAGCCGUUCUGUACGAGAGGUAACGCCCGCUAAUCAGGAAAGUGCAGACCCGGCACAGACCAAACACUCCGCAAUCGAGGUUACACCAAAAGCCCUCCCUUUUCAUCGUCGUAUCGAACUCCCACUUCCUGAUACCGCCAGCGAAAGCUCGAUGCCGCGAAGCGACUCUUUUCAGGGUCCCUCGAGUGACGGUGUCGAUGAGAACAAACAAGAUGAGCUAGCCGUGACCGUCGAUGCUCGCACCGGCCGAGAAAUAGUCGACGAUCUACCUCCGACGACGGAUAGUGACUAUUCUGACCGUCUACAAAUGGAGACUAGAACGAUUGCCAGUGAAAUUCCCCAGAGCUUGACAUUAUCGAAUUUUUUAAAGCCUCGACCUUUGCUUGGUAGAUUGAUGACUGUUCCUGGAUCUAUCUUCGAACUCACUUUGCGUUUGGAAGAUCGAAUGACAUCCUGGGGUCGUGGGCCUUUGGCAACCCUUGUGUAUCCGGAUCGCAUGGACACCCGCAUUCCAGCAUAUGCGAUUGAAGUUACGUUUUGGAGCCCAGGUAUCGAACCACUAAUUUCUGAAGGAGCCGACUGGAGAGAUAUGCCAGAUGUGAUGACAAUCUUAUCAACAAAGACACGCAAUCGCAUCUGGGUAAAUGACGUUGAACUUCGUCGUGGUCCAACGAUUGAUAACGGCAGCGAAGUCUGGAUUUUUGGCAAAAUCUACACCGGCGAUAUCAUCACGAUCUGGCAGAACGGCGGCAAAUUCCUCCGUUUCCGUUGUGAAAUUUACCAUGGCGAUAGUGCUCGACCUCGCCCUGAGUCUGAGAAGGGAUUCAUUGUGCGACAGGUGCUACAUCCAAAGAGCAACUCCGAUCGGAAUCGCCAAUCAAAUAGACUCGAUAGCGACAAGCUGUAUGCAUAA